AUGCCAAGCAAAGUUUCAAGCAAAAGCUCGAGGACGUCGAAUUCGGGAGCUCGCAAAUCAUCCACUGCAGAACCAAGUAGUCGCAGAUCCGCUACUUCCAGGGUGACCGCGCCAUAUGUUGAAAUUCCAGAAGAAACCCCAGACAACGAGUUGCGAACGCAAAUUUCAUCCAUAUUUAGAGAUUCGCAGAGGAACACCGCAUCACAUAGAAAAUUAGUUGUCAAUUUGCGCAAGAUACAAGAAGCAUGCUGUUACGAACCCACUAACAAGAAGAGUAAAACUGGUGCGGAGGAUUUUGACGAGGAAGAAUUCACAUAUGAGUUCACAAGAUGUGUUUUACGCGUGAUGCCAAUUAAAAAGAGUGAGAGUGUUGGAGAGAAGGCGAUUCGAUUCAUUGGUUUAUUCCUGAGGCAUGCUAAUGAGAAGGACAAUGAAUUGACUCCAGCAAAUGAAGAGGAGGAUGGAGUUUUGGUUGAGACACCAAGUACGAGGCUCACGAGUCACCUCAUGUCGACUAUAUUACCUCUUUUGACGGCCAAAGAAAAAUUCGUACGAUUUAGAUCUACACAGUUGAUUUCACAUAUUAUAAACUCCCUCGACUCAAUUGACGACGAUCUUUUUCAGCAACUCCGACAUGGACUUUUGCGCAGAAUUCACGAUAAAGAAGCGAUGGUGAGAGUGCAAGCUGUCUUAGGUCUAGGCAGAUUAGCUGGGAAUGAAGCAGAAGGGGAUGCGGAUGAGAGCGAUGACGAAUCCUCUGGAGGCUUACUUGUAAAACUAUUAGCAGUCCUACAGAAUGAUCCCAGUGCCGAUGUUCGAAGGUCCCUUUUAAUAAAUCUGCCAAUAUUACCCAAUACGCUUCCAUAUUUGCUAGAGAGAGCCAGAGAUCAAGAUCCAGCAACUCGUCGGGCACUCUAUUCCCGACUUUUACCAGCACUUGGAGAUUUUCGACAUUUGUCACUAUCGAUGCGUGAAAAGUUACUACGAUGGGGUCUUCGCGAUCGAGAUGAAAACGUCCGCAAAGCUGCAGGCAGACUUUUCCGAGAACGUUGGAUUGAAGAUUGUAUGGCUUCAGCGGCAGCAGAGACCGCGGAAGGCGAAGUUGUCGAAGAAAAUAAGACACCAAACAUGGAAGCACUGUUAGAGCUUCUUGAGAGAAUUGAUGUUGUUAAUUCCGGGGUGGAAAACGGGGUUGCGCUAGAAGCUAUGAAAGGCUUCUGGGAGGGACGACCCGACUUUCGAGAUGCCGUUACAUUUGAUGAUUACUUCUGGGACACUUUGUCGGCCGAGUCUGUAUUCAUGGCAAGAAGUUUCAAUGAUUUCUGUCGGAACGAUGGAAAUAGCAAGUAUGAGGCUCUGAUCGAGGAGAAAAUGCCCGAGGUUACGAAACUCGCGUUUUACCUUCAGAGGUAUACUGCAGUUCUGGUUGAGGCUUUAAAGAGAAUUGCGACACAAGAGGAGAUCACGGAGGACGUAGCAGAAGAGGAAGAUACGGUGGAGCAAGAAUUUAUUGUCGAACAAUUACUCCACAUUGCUCGAAGUUUAGACUAUUCAGAUGAAGUUGGACGACGGAAAAUGUUCACGCUUUUGAGACAACACCUUGCUAUCCCUGAUCUGCCUGAGGAAGUCACUAAAUUAACCGUGGAGGUCCUUAGGGGGAUUUGCGCUGCAACCCCUGCUGGUGAAAAGGAAUUCUGUAGUGUUGUCCUCGAGGCCGUUGCCGAUGUUCAUGAUACAGUCAUGGAUGAGCAAGAUUUUGAGGAUGCCGAGGAGAGUUUUCAUUCUGCAAGAUCUGGCGUCAGUGAUGAUGAAAAACCAACUAGAGGUAAGAAAAAGCCUCCGAUGACAGAAGAAGAAGAGCAAGAAAAAGCGGUCCGCGAGAUUAUGGUUAACAUGAAAUGCUUGCACAUUGUGCAAUGCAUGCUUGAAAAUGUUGAAGGAAGUCUUAAAGAGAAUGCGGAUCUUGUAGCUAUGCUCAACAAUCUUGUUGUACCAGCUGUGCGCAGUCACGAAGCACCUGUUCGAGAACGUGGCCUCAUCUGUAUUGGCCUCUGUUCCCUUCUUGACAAAUCUUUGGCUGAGGAGAACCUGGCGCUCUUCAUACACUUCUUUAGCAAGGGUCACUCUGCUCUUCAAAUCACUGCUUUGCAGAUCUUGACCGAUAUGCUUAAUCAGCAUGGUGCUCAACUCCUGGAAUCGAAUCCAGCAAUUUUGACAAAGGUCUAUCUCAAGGCUUUGAAAUCCGGUACCAAAGACCCCGAGGUUCAGGCGGCAGCUACCGUUGCUGUCGCUAAACUUUUGCUGGGACGUGUAAUUACGGAUGCAUCAUCUGCAAUUGAUGACCUCUUGAAGACAUUGGUCGUCCUUUACUUCGAUCCCAGCACAGCUCAAAAUCAAGGUGUUCGUCAAACUUUAACCUAUUUCCUACCGGCCUACUGUUAUAGCAGAGCAGAAAAUCAGGACAGAAUGCGUGCAGUGGCGUUGGAUGCAAUGCACAAGCUGUUUGAAACUCAAGACGACGAUGAGGACGCCGAGGCUGAAAUGGUCGGCCUUGGGACGAUCGGUGCCCAUUUGGUAGAUUGGACUGAUCCCCGGAAAUGCUAUGUCCCUGGAAAUCAAGUCAGUUUAUCAGAUGAAGCGCCUAAAAAGGCAGUCAACGGAGAUGUUCAUCUUGAUUUUGCCAUGGACAUUCUGGAAAGAUUGAAUUCUUCUAUGAGACUGGAAGAAAAGAAAACCCUCACGCCUCUCCUCGCUAAACUCCACAUCUCACCAGCCUCAUCAGAGGACAAGCUUCGCGCGACAUACGAAGAAAUAAGCGAGGCCGUUGAGAACAAAAAAUUAGGGCUUGACGCUACUGGUAGAAAUGCCUUGUUCAAAAUACAUGUCACAAUUGGCAAGAUUGUAAAUGCUCUUUCAGAAAAAGACGCGGGAGAGGAAACUGUGUUGAGAGGAGGAAGCGUGAUGAGGGAAAGUGUAAGGGAUGGGAGUGCCCCACCUGGUGCUAGUGUAGGGAGCAGCGGAAACAGAGCUGGCAGUCUUGGUGUGAAAAAGACUAGAGGCCCCGAAGUGAUAAUGGAGAGAAUAAUCAAAGUGGAGACCGUGAAGGAGGAAAAAAAUGGAAAGGAAGAAGAAAAUGAUGAAAGCGAGGGAACAAUCGUUGCUGAACAGGAGAGAACGAUCGUUCCCUCUAACGAGGAGGAAACAUUAUUGGAGCAACAGUUGCAAGAUAGUCUGGUGGAAAGUCUCCUAGAUGAUGAUGGGGAUAUAGAGAUGGGUAUGUAA